CACCUCCGCCGCCUCACCUUCCAUUCGCUCCACUCGGACUCGAACCCGAAACCCCCCCACUGUGCUGCAGACCCCGCUCGGCCGUCAUGGCGACCCCUCUCACCGACCAGGAGAAGCGCAAGCAGAUCAGCAUCAGGGGCAUCGUGGGGGUGGAGAACGUGGCGGAGCUGAAGAAGGGCUUCAACCGCCACCUGCACUUCACCCUGGUGAAGGACCGGAACAUCGCCACUCCCCGGGACUACUACUUCGCGCUCGCGCACACCGUGCGGGACCACCUGGUGGGCCGCUGGAUCCGGACGCAGCAGUUCUACUAUGAGGCGGACCCCAAGAGAGUGUAUUAUCUCUCUCUGGAGUUCUACAUGGGCAGGACGCUUCAGAACACCAUGAUCAACCUGGGACUGCAGAACGCCUGCGAUGAAGCCAUCUACCAGCUGGGGCUGGACAUGGAGGAGCUGGAGGAGAUGGAGGAGGAUGCGGGGCUCGGGAAUGGAGGCCUGGGCCGGCUGGCAGCAUGCUUCUUGGACUCAAUGGCCACCCUGGGUCUCGCGGCGUACGGCUACGGCAUCCGAUAUGAGUAUGGCAUCUUCAAUCAGAAGAUCAGAGACGGCUGGCAGGUGGAGGAGGCGGACGACUGGCUGAGGCACGGGAACCCCUGGGAGAAAGCCCGGCCCGAGUACAUGCUGCCGGUUCACUUCUACGGACGGGUGGAGGAGACGAAGGACGGCCCCAAAUGGGUCGACACUCAGGUGGUGCUGGCCAUGCCUUACGACACCCCCAUCCCGGGCUACAUGAACAACACUGUGAACACCAUGAGGCUGUGGUCCGCCCGCGCCCCCAAUGACUUCAACUUGAGAGACUUCAAUGUUGGAGAUUACAUCCAGGCCGUGCUGGACAGAAACCUGGCGGAGAACAUCUCCCGGGUGCUCUACCCCAAUGACAACUUCUUCGAAGGAAAAGAGCUUCGCCUCAAACAGGAGUACUUCGUCGUGGCGGCUACACUCCAAGACAUCAUCCGCCGCUUCAAGACCACGAAGAAGGGCGGCCCUGGCCGCACCUCCUUCGAGAGCUUCCCAGAUAAGGUUGCCAUCCAGCUGAACGACACUCACCCAGCGAUGGCCAUCCCCGAGCUGAUGAGGAUCUUUGUGGACAUUGAGAAGCUGGACUGGGACACGGCCUGGGACCUCACCAAACGCACCUUCGCCUACACCAACCACACCGUCCUGCCCGAGGCCCUGGAGCGCUGGCCGGUGGAGCUGAUGGAGAACCUGCUGCCCCGACAUCUGCAGAUCAUCUACCAGAUCAACCAGGCCCACCUCGAUAGGAUUGCAGCCCUCUUCCCUGAAGACAUGGACAAACUGAGGAAGAUGUCUCUGAUCGAAGAGGACGGCUGUAAGAGGGUCAACAUGGCGCACCUGUGCAUUGUGGGCUCUCACGCCGUCAACGGAGUGGCUGAGAUACACUCCAACAUCAUCAAGAGCGACGUGUUUCGUGAUUUCAGUGAGCUGGAACCUGACAAGUUUCAGAACAAAACCAACGGCAUCACUCCCAGACGCUGGCUGCUGCUCUGCAACCCCGGCCUGGCCGAGCUCAUCGCCGAGGUGAUCGGGGAGGACUAUGUGAAGGACCUCAGCCAGCUGCGGAGGCUGAACGACUUUGUGGAAGACGCCGCCUUCAUCCGAGACGUCUGCAAAGUGAAACAGGACAACAAGGUGAAGUUUGCCCAGUUUGUGGAGAAGGAGUACAGGGUGAAGAUCAACCCGGCCUCCAUGUUCGACGUCCACGUCAAGAGGAUCCACGAGUACAAGCGACAGCUCCUCAACUGCCUGCACAUCAUCGCCAUGUACAACCGCAUUAGGAAGAAUCCCAAUGCACCUUUCGUUCCACGGACAGUGAUCAUCGGAGGAAAGGCCGCUCCCGGGUAUCACAUGGCGAAGAUGAUCAUCAAGCUGAUCACCUCGGUGGCCGACGUGGUGAACAACGACCCCGUGGUGGGAAACAAGCUGAAGGUCGUCUACCUGGAGAACUACAGAGUGUCUCUGGCUGAGAAAGUCAUACCCGCCACAGACCUGUCGGAGCAGAUCUCCACUGCCGGCACGGAGGCUUCGGGAACGGGGAACAUGAAGUUCAUGCUGAACGGGGCGCUGACCAUCGGCACGCUGGACGGCGCCAACGUGGAGAUGGCCGAGGAGGCCGGACAGGAAAACCUCUUCAUCUUCGGCAUGACGGUGGAGGACGUGGCCGAGAUGGACAAGAAGGGAUAUGACGCCAUGACGUACUACAAGACCAUCCCCGAGCUGAAACAGGUGAUGGAUCAGAUCACCAGCGGAUUCUUCUGUCCCAAAAACCCAGAUCUCUUCAAAGAUCUCACAAACAUGCUCUUCAAACACGACCGGUUUAAAGUGUUUGCAGACUUUGAAGACUACUUGAAAUGCCAGGAGAAAGUCAACAACCUCUAUCAGAACCCAAAGGAGUGGACGAAGAUGGUGAUCCGGAACAUUGCCGCCACGGGGAAGUUCUCCAGCGACCGGACCAUCACGGAGUACGCCACCGAGGUGUGGGGGGUGGAGCCCACCGACCUGAAGAUCCCCGCCCCCAACGAGCCCCGGGAGGCCAUCGAGGAAACGGCCCGCGCCCUCAAGAAGAUGUGAGGCCGUUCCCGCGACCAGAGGUCCUCAUGUUUACACAGUACUCAGUCAGUUCUGUCUUUCUGACAUGAGGAGGAGCUUUCUCAGCCGCUCCUCUGCCUGGUUGUUGUUGAAGCUUCGAGUCAAAGCACUGUUACAGUUCAGUCGGUAAACUGGGAGUCGCUGCAGGGAGCGGAUUUUACAUUCCUGAGUGUUACACAUAUCAGCAGCCGGAAUUUGGUUUUUUUUCUUUGUUUUUGUUUUUUGUUCUUUGCACGUUUCACUAGCACAGAUUCAAUUUUGCUUGAUUCCACACUUGUUCUCCCUGCUGCUAAAAUAAAAGCAUUAAUCGUGAUAUCAUUUAAAGACUUUUUAUUUAAGUCCAUCUCGACGUUAGAAAGGGAACAUAUUGCUUUUUCUUUUUUUUUUUCUUUCUUUUUUUUCCCCGGUCAGUCCCAGGAACAAAAUGUCACGGUCUCAGUUUCUGCAGAAAAUUCCUGGAAUAAAACAAAAGGAGCAAUGAUUCUUAUUUGAGAUUACAGACGAGAUUUACAAAGGGGAAAAAAAAUAGUGCAAAAUAAUUAAGACUUUGAUUCAAGUGCAAUUUCAAAGUGCUUUCAGAGCUGAAAAGUUGCUCCUAAAAAUGCACAUAAGACAAACGCUGCCCUUUAAUUUUAAUUUUGGUCUCCACUGACCAUUAACAUACAGCUGCUGUCAUUUAUAUCUAUGAUUACUCUUAUUUUAGUUCUGAUUAACUGUCUGCCAGUAACUCAAAGCUUCUGAUUACAUAAUUUCAGACAGCCUGAUGUUGGUUAAAUAUUUGAGGAGGUAUCCAGGUGAACAUACAGCUGGUGAAUCAUUGCUGGUCCACAUAACAGAACAGCUGAUAGUAAAGGUUGUAAUCCAUACAUUACAUAACGGGCAUGCAUUCACCAUGAGUCUAAAAUAAGUUCAUUCAUUUUGUUUGUGCCCUAAAAAAAAAAAAAAAAUUACAUUUUAUGGAGCUGGACUGUGAACGUGCCUCAUCUGCUGUGUAAUAUCGUGUGUUUUAACUAUGACAAAUUACAUAAGUUUUUCAAUGUUUUCCACUUGUUUUUGUUUUUAAAAAUUCUUCAAUAAAUUACUGGUACCGAUAGUGGUUGUA